AUCCACACAAACGCGAAGGCGAUAAGUGCCUCUCCUCGCUCGUCGUCGCGUUUUGAGUGCGGCGGUUGUUUGCUUUAUUGGCUCGACGUCACAGUUCCUUCCGAAGGUCGGGGAGCAGGCAAACCCGUCCCCAGUCGGCGUUUCCUCGUUGUUCCGCGGUGCGUGUUGCCGCGGCUGGCGUCGUGCGUUGUACCGCCUCUGGGCUUGCACGCGAUUCGCGAGUACGCGAGUCGUUUUGGUGCGCGCCGUGAAUCCCUGCUUCCAGUCGCUGCGCCGUGGUUCACUUCGCUGCCCCUGAAACGCACGCUUCCCUCUGAGUGAGCGUGUUACGUUCAAUCACCCCAGAAAAAGCCUUCUGGCACUCGAGAGAGCCCGUCGUCAUCACAUCUUCCUGUGUCAUGGCGCCUAAGAAACCGUAUUGCCAGAUCAUCGAUGGCGUGCCGCGAUGCCCAGGUCUGGAACCAGAGCUCUUCAGAAAUAGCCUGAACUUUUGUGCGGUGAAAGGAGAUUUGGUUCAGUGCACGUAUCCCAAGGCGGGCACACAUUGGGUCAUGUACACUCUCGAACUCAUUCUCAAAGAGGGUGAUCCCGUGCCCAAUCACACUGAAUUCCUGCGCAAUGUUCGCUUCAUCGGCCGCAUGGAGACCGAAGGCUGGCACUCACCCCUGCCUGUGAGGCUGUUCACCACUCACGAACCUCUCACCAAGGACACGAUGAAUCCUGAAGCCAAGUAUGUGUACGUGGCCCGCAAUCCUUGGGACACCUGUGUCUCAUUCUACCACAUGGCGACGUCACUGAGCAUGUUCAAGUUCCGGGACGGCACAUUCGAAGAGUUCUUCGACGCCUUCAUGCGCGGAGACUUUGGCUAUGGCGACUACUUCGACCAUGUCGCGUCCGGUUACGCGCUUAGGAACGAGCCCAACGUGCUUUUCUUGACGUACGAAGAUCUCAAGAAGGACACUCGUGGGGCGGCACUCAGGCUGGCCUACUUCCUCGGCGACCGGUAUGGCAAGCGCCUGGAAGGUGACGAGGACCUUCUGCGAACUCUUCUCGAUAGAAUGACGGCCGAGUACAUGCAAAACGUGCUCGUGUUGGACGUUCAGGGUGUGGAUCCUGCGUGGAAGACGCGACGAACCGAAACCACUAUACCUUACAAGUCAGCUUACGGAGGUGACCUCAGGAAGUACCGCCUAGUUCGGAAUGGUAAGCCGGGAGACUGGAAGUCACAUUUCUCGCCCGAGCAACUGCGCCGCGUGGAGUCGAAGAUUCUAGACAGGGGUCGCGGCGCGCAAUUCAUGGAACUGUGGAAAGACAUCCGAGAAGAAACAAUUGCAGCCUCUCUCGGAUGAAGAUUAGCAACAGGCGAAUCUUAUCUUUUCCGAAUGCGGACGAUGGUGUCUAGGUACUAAACUGCCACUCCAGAGAAUGAAAUUUAUGGCAUGGCACGAACUCGGUAUACGCCAGAAGAACGAUGGCUCGAGAUAGGCACGUCCAGUUGCAUCUUUUCGAAACGGAACAUCUGGUAGCCAUGCUCAUACUGGUGGUUUGUCUUGUCAACCUCUUCCGUAGGCUUAUCUUCACCAGCAACUAUUUGAGUGGAAGUCAACAGGAACAACCGCCUUCUCGAGUCACAAGAUGUCACAAGUUGUCGCAAUAUGGCGGUGAAGCGCUACAUUUCACAAGCAACACGGCCACCUCACUGCACCGCAUUUCUUCACCACAGUGCAAGGUAGCUACAUGACCCAUGCAAUAAACUUCAUUUUCAUGCCCCUGGCA